AUGUCCAAUCGGCUCCUCAGCUGCAAGGGUGUGCCCAAGCUCGCCUACCAUUAUGACUCGCUCUCCAGCUGUGAGGCGGUUCAAACCCGUCUCCCCGUCCGUGUGCUCCUCGGUCCGACCAUGCCGCACCCGGUGAACUACUGUGUCGGCGACUGGGUGCCUCAUCCGAGUUUUCGCGUGGCGCUGAGCUUUCACAAUGAAGAUGGCCAUGUUAUUCGCCGAUCAGCCAAUAAUCGGAAGCAAGAGAUUGGCGAAGCCGCAAUAGGCUUAGGAGGAGCAUCUAGCUUUGGUGAUCUGGGGCUUUGCGGCUUUGCCGAGGACGUUCCGCGGCUUGGUACCCAGGAGGCUCCAUACUGA